AUGAGGCUCUGCUUCGAGAUUAUGGCUAGGUACAACUUGCGUCUCAACCCCAAGAAAUGCGUCUUUGCUGUAAAGACCGGUAAGUUUCUGGGGUUCAUGGUGACCAAGCGUGGAAUUGAGCCUAAUCCGGAGAAGAUCAAGGCCAUAACUGAAAUGAGGUCGCCCAGUUCGCUGAAGGACGUACAACGACUUACCGGGCGGUUGGCAGCCUUGAGUCGUUUUCUCUCCCGGUCUGCUGAGAGGGCUCUGCCUUUCUUCAAGGUUCUGAAGAAGGCUAAUACAUUCGAGUGGGACCGGGAGUGCGAGAAGCCUUCCAGCAGCUGAAGGAGUACUUAGUGUCAGAUAUUGUUUUGUCAAAAUCCAAACCGGGUGAGAUUUUGUACUUGUAUCUGGGGAUUUCCCAAAACGCU